AUGGAUACUUUGAAAUCCAUGAUAUUUACUUCAUUUCUAUCAUCUUCUUCUUCUUCCUCCUCCUCUGAUGAGGAGUCUGAUGAUGAAUAUAUGAUCACACUUUUAGCAGCUUAUGAGCAGAAUACCAGUAGUAUGCUUCAGAUUCUUAAGUCAAGUGAUAGCUCAAAGAAAAUAGGGGGUUCUGUUGUAGGUCACAAGUAUAUACGCAGAGAUAGAAGGCAAGGUCAUGACAGAUUGUUUGCAGAUUAUUUUGCUACAAAUUCAGUGUAUUCUGCUACAAUAUUUCGGAGACGUUUUCGAAUGCGUCGUCCUUUGUAUUUGCGAAUUUUGAAUGCAAUCGAAGCACACAAUUCAUAUUUUAUUCAAAAACAAGAUGCAGCUCAUGUAGUUGGAUUAUCUGCCCUACAAAAAAUGACUUCAGCGAUGAGAAUAUUAUCAUACAGUGUCGCAGCAGAUGCAGUUGAUGAUUACAUACGUAUUGGGGAAAGCACUGCGAUUCAAAGUUUGCAACAAUUUUGUUAUUCAGUGAUUGAAAUCUUUGGAGUAGAAUAUCUGAGAUCUCCGACACCAACUGACAUUGCUAGGUUACAUGCUAUUGGCGAGGUUCGGGGGUUUCCGGACCGGUCACCUUUGUUUUCUGAUCUUGCCCAAGGUAAGGCUCCCCCUGUCCACUACACUAUUAAUGGGCAUAGUUACGAUAUGGGUUAUUACCUUGCUGAUGGUAUAUACCCGCAAUGGGCAACACUGGUUCAAACAAUUUCUUCUCCCCAAGGAGCAAAGAGACAACAUUUUGCAAUGAUGCAAGAGUCUGCCAGGAAAGAUAUAGAGCGGGCAUUCGGAGUCCUCCAAUCUCGAUUCGCAAUGAUUUAA